AGAUAGCAUUGCGCCAAGAUACAUUACUUCCAAACGCAGUCAAGAUUCACUUCCCAAGAUUUCAAAAGACAAAGACUAAUUUCCCAAGAUUUCAAAAGAUCAAGAAUCGGCCAAGAAUUUUUAGGAUGCAGAAGCGCGGCAAUAAUCAUAUGCUUGCUUGGCCACGGGUCGAGACCCACAUACAGGGUUUAAUUUGGUAUGUGCACCAUAAAUGAGGACACAGAUUGAGAAAUAUGGAUGAAAAUUUAAAAGACAUCAUUAGAAGUUACCACAGAAGAGGUUUAUCUCACAAGGAAAUUCACUUUUUACUGAAAAUAAGACAUGGUCAAAACUAUAGUUUCCAAUAUCUGAAGAGAAAAGUAAUGCCAAGAUUAAAUUUAAAUUACAGAAGAGGAAAUAGAAACCUGACAGAUUUUGCUGAAGUAUUGGAUCUUAUAAAGAAUGAAGUGAAAAUAAAACCAGAUCGAAGUAUAUCUGACAUGUUUUUCAGAUUGAAAACAAUCCAUGGGUGCAAUGUUCGAAGAGAAUUGGUGAGGCAAAUCAUGAGAACACUAGACCCUGUCGGCGUGUCCCUCAGAAAGGGAAACAAACUGAAACGAAGACAGUACCUUAGUAAAGGUCCCAAUUGGCUUUGGCAUAUAGAUCAGUAUGAUAAAUUGAGCCCUUUUGGGAUAUAUAUCAGUGGAUGCAUUGAUGGGUUUUCCCGCUAUGUGCUUUGGGUGGAAGCUGGUGUCAGCAAUAAAAACCCCAAAAAGAUUGCAGGGUACUUUUUGAAGACUUUGGAGAAUGUUAAAGGAUUUCCACAUAUUAUUCGAGGAGAUGCAGGAACAGAGAAUGGGACAGUAGCUGCCAUUCAAAACUUCUUGAGAGAAGAUGAUGAUGACUGCUUCAGCAAGAAAUCCUUCCUCUAUGGAAAAUCCACUCAUAAUCAAAGGAUAGAGAGAUGGUGGGGAAUUUUGAGAAGAAAAUGCACAGAUCAAUGGAUUCAUCAUUUUAAGGAAUUAGAAAAAGAUGGUCAUUUUACAAUUGGUGAUGAUCUUCAUAUAACUUUAGUUCAGUACUGCUACAUGCAGAUUAUCAGAGAAGAAUUGGAAGAAGUGAAAUUUGCCUGGAAUAACCACAGAAUCAGGAAACAAAAAUCAGGUGAUAUUGUUCCUGGGAUACCUGAGCUCCUUUAUCAUGUUCCUGAAAUGUUAGGCAAUCCACAGUGCCAAAAUUAUCUUCAUUAUAUCGAUGUUAAUGAUGAGCGGUUUCAUUUUCUGAAAUCUCAAUGCUGCUUUCAAAAUGACUUGGAUGAUGACAUUAAGGAAGCUUUUGACAUCAUCUCAGACUAUUACCGUCCUUCAACAAUAUUAGAAGCCAGAACUAUGUAUAUUGCACUCAAAGAUGUAUUGGAACACCAAAUAUAUCAUUAAUUUUUUUGCUUUUUUUUUUUCGGGUAUUUUAUAUCCUAUUCUUAUAAUUAAUAAUAUAUUCUAUAAAUUCUGGGUUGUGUAUGUUUAAUUAUGAACAUCUGUUUGUACACAUCAAGUACAUGUACAUUGUACAUCAUCAGGAAACAUAUUAUAUGGGAUGGGAAUUGUAAAACAUGUACAAAUGAAAAAAAAAAAAACAAUAAAAAAAAU